AUGGAGAAUCCUCAUGAACAAGCUCAGAAUGCUUUGUUAUCAAGAAUAAUAAACAAUAUGGAAAAUUUAAAUGAAUCAGUAGUUACCAUAAAUAAAUGUUUACAGGAAGUUAAUCGAAAUAACUUAGAUACGGAGAUCUUAUCUCAAAUGUGGGAAAGUUAUUUAAGAAAUGCUGAAUUCAAUUUAGAAACUACCGGUCAAAAAAAAGAUCCAUUAUAA